AUGUCUCCACUCUUUAUUCUGCUCCUCCUCCUCGCUGAGGCAUGGAGCUUUACAGCUCCCAGGGACAAGCCGAACGUGUUUGCACGAAAAGCCUGUCCAGCGAUCCUGAUCUUCUUCAACGCUGCCUACCAGGCGGGGGCAACGGUGGAGUUGCCCUGCCACUGCAAACCUGAAGAAGUCCAGUCAGUGGUUUGGUUCUUCAGGGAGCACCACUCUUACGGAGAAGCCACCAGAGCCCUGAGCGAUAACAAUGGGACCAAGUUGCUGGACUCCACUCAAAUCACCCACAGCAGUGACCUGCGAAGUCGCUUCUCAAUUCGUCUCUUCAGUCUGCUGAUCUUUCGAACGGCUGUGGAGGACUCGGGUAUUUAUAUCUGCGGCUCAGCCCAGGGGGACUACUUCUAUGCUUACGAUCUUGACAUCCAAGAGGUGCAGGAGCUCAGCUUCGUGUCACGGCUGACUCCUGAAAAUAAGAGCAACUCUGUUGAAGAAGUCAGAGGAAAACGUUCUGGUUUGCUGCUUUACCAAAUUUUCACCACUUUCCAGCCGUGGUCACAAUGCGACCGCUGUGGCGUGCAAGGUGAGCAGGUCCGAGUGGGGCUCUGCUACAUCCGCUCACGUUACCUGCACGUGCGAUUCAAGCGAUUAAACCAGUCGAUAGCAUCCUGCGGGUCAGGGGCGGUACCACAGGCAUUCGGUCAACUGAAGCAUCGCGGAGCCAGACUGGAGUUCAGAGACUGUAAUGUGUCUUGUCCAAUUGAAGCUCCGCCCACUUCCAAAGUGGGUAAAAAGACGGGACUCAAGAUAGGGCAAUGGAUUCAACAUAGUAGUUCUGAUGCCAUGAAGGAACCGGCGAUAAAGGUUUCUUACCUAAACCAUCCAGCAGAGCAAAUCCUAACCCUUGGCUGCCCGGGGGCUCAGACAUACAUGGCGAUAGCGUGGGACAAAGGAUCUGAGCCCAUUUAUCGCUCGCAGACUACGACAGAAGGCACGUUUCCGAGGAUUCGUAUUGAUGCUGGACAUCAUCUAGUCUUCACCCCUGCUCAAAUUGAGGAUUCGGGUGUUUUCUACUGCUGGCUGAAGGGACGCCGUGUGGCUGAGAUAAACCUGCUGGUCUACCCCCAUUUUGGGGCGCGUAUGCCCGUCACAUCAAAUCCAGACUUGCCCUCGGCCUUGAGAAUCAUUUUGAAAUCAUAUGGCGCCAUGACGGCAGUCUUUUGUCUGGUCAUCACCCUUCGAGGAUGCAUAAGAUACCGGCGGGGGAAGACGAUUAGGUGA